AUGUCAUCAGGAGAGACGUACUUCAAAACCCCGCUCUUCCCUGAUAAAUUGGAGACAUGUCUGAACAUACCGAACGCAAAAGUUGCGAGUUUCAAUCGGCGCGGUACCAUGUUGGCCGUGGGAAGCUCGGUUGGCAUGAUCGAG